CCCCAGCGACUCCACGGAUUACUUGCAUUCUGUUUAUCACUCGCGUCCAACACAUCAGUAGUCAGCGCGAGCCAGCGCGCGCGACUUUCACUUUCUGAGGUUUUGCCGGGUCCGAGUCUAGCGAGCCGCGAAAAUGACGGGCGCUGACGUGAAGCCACUUCUGCCGGUCAAGGUGCCGGUGCCAUCGGACAUUGAGAUCGCUCAGAGCGUUGAGCCGGUCCACAUCUCCAAAAUUGCCGACGCGGUGGGCCUUCUGCCCACCGAGUAUGACCUCUACGGCAUCCACAAGGCCAAGGUCAAGCUCAACGUGCGCGAGCGCCUGGCUGGCAAGCCCGAUGGCAAAUACGUGGUUGUUGCCGGCAUCACGCCCACGCCCCUGGGUGAGGGCAAGUCCACCACCACCAUUGGCCUGUGCCAGGCGCUGGGGGCCUACCUCAAGAAGAAGGUGCUGACGUGUGUGCGCCAGCCCAGCCAGGGCCCCACCUUCGGUAUCAAGGGCGGCGCCGCGGGCGGCGGCUACAGCCAGGUGAUCCCCAUGGAGGAGAUGAACCUGCACCUGACUGGCGACAUCCACGCCAUCACCGCCGCCAACAACCUGCUGGCCGCCGCCAUCGACGUGCGCAUGUUCCACGAGCGCACCCAGACCGACGAGGCGCUGUUCAACAGGCUGUGCCCCGCCGACAAGCAGGGUAAGCGCAAGUUCGCGGCUGUCAUGCUGCGGCGGCUGGCCAAGCUGGGCAUCACCAAGACAGACCCCCAGGAGCUCACGCCCGAGGAGCGCCGCGACUUCGCGCGUCUGGACAUCGACCCCGCCUCCAUCACGUGGCGCCGCGUGAUGGACACCAACGACCGCUUCCUGCGCGCCAUCACGGUGGGCAAGGGCGGCGAGGAGCGCGGCCAGACCCGUGACACCGGCUUCGACAUCACCGUGUCGUCGGAGAUCAUGGCGGUUCUGGCGCUGGCCACGGACCUGUCUGACAUGCGCGAGCGCCUGGGCCGCAUGGUCAUUGGCAACGACACCCAGGGCCGCCCGGUGACUGCCGACGACCUGGGUGUGGGCGGCGCGCUGACGGUACUGAUGCGCGACGCCAUCGAGCCCACCCUCAUGCAGACGCUGGAGCAGACGCCGGUGUUGGUGCACGCCGGCCCCUUCGCCAACAUCGCGCACGGCAACAGCUCUGUGGUGGCGGACCAGAUCGGGCUCAAGCUGGUGGGCGAGGACGGCUUCGUGGUGACAGAGGCGGGCUUCGGUGCGGACAUUGGAAUGGAGAAGUUCAUGAACAUCAAGUGCCGCGCCUCGGGCCUGACGCCCGACUGUGUGGUCCUGGUCGCCACGGUGCGCGCACUCAAGAUGCACGGCGGCGGACCGCCCGUGGUGGCGGGCACUCCCCUGCACCACGACUACACCACCGAGAACGUGGCGCUGGUCACCGCGGGCUGCUGCAACCUGGCCCGACACGUCCAGAACGCGCUCAAGUACGGCACGCCGGUGGUUGUGGCCGUCAACCGCUUCGCCUCCGACACCGACGCCGAGCUGGAGGCGGUGCGGGCGGCGGCCAUGGAGGCGGGCGCCUCCGCCGCCGUCAUCUGCGCGCACCACGGGCUGGGUGGCGCCGGCGCAGUCGACCUGGCGGAGGCGGUGGUGGCGGCCACGGCCGGACCCAAGCCCGACUUCAAGUUCCUGUACGACGUCAACAUCUCCAUCAAGGAGAAGAUUGAGACCAUUGCGCGGGAGAUGUACCACGCCGCGGGUGUGGAGUACCUGCCCGAGGCUGAGGCUCAGAUUGAGAAGUACACGCGCAUGGGUUUCGACAAGCUGCCCAUCUGCAUGGCCAAGACGCAGUACAGCUUCAGCCACGACGCCGCUAAGAAGGGCGCGCCCAGCGGCUUCAUCCUGCCCAUCCGCGACGUCCGUGCCUCCGUGGGCGCCGGCUUCCUGUUCCCGCUGGUCGGUAGCAUGAUGACCAUGCCGGGACUGCCCACGCGGCCCUGCUUCUACGACAUCGACAUCGACCCCGCCACCGGCAAGAUUGUGGGCCUGUCGUAAAGCGGCGGUUGUGGGGGCCUUGUUUUGGCGGGAGGGGUAGCCAGCCGUUCAUGGAGGACGGAGUGAUCAAGUCACAAGUAUGCGGGGGGGCGUAUUGGAAGGUUGGGGGGCAGAAUGGGUAGCGCGACUUUUGACGGAUUUGGCGAUCUGGGGAAUUUUGCGGACGGGACGCGGCAUUGUGCUGCAGUUGUGGCGCAGCGCGUGUGGCGGCAGUUGCCGCAGCGCGGCAGCGGUUACUGCCGGCAGGGCCCAAGGCAGGGCCUGAGGAAGCAGUGAUAGCUGACAGGUCAGAGUGGCUGGCGUGUGGGCAGAGGGCAGGGUGCGGAUCGCGAUGGUACGGUUUUUGGUUGUGUGCCCAUGGUGUAAGCCGCAGAUUGGCGGGGAUUGAAAGCGGUAGAGGCAGGCACGGCGAGCGGCUGGCGCGGAGUGUGGGAGAGAGACCUGGGCUAGGCAGCCCGACCAUCGGGGUCGGAUAGCCACCCUGCGGCCGCAGGCAAGCAUCCCAGCAGACCCAGCUGCCCCCAGAAGACGACGCAACUGGGGCAUGUGACAGCAGUGGUG